AUGUCUUCUCUUUUUACUGAUAGCUUGUUCGGGGUGAAGGGGUAUGUAGCAGUUGUGACAGGAGGCAGCAGUGGCCUCGGCUUUAUGAUUGCGAGAGGACUUGUGAGAAACGGCGCCAAAGUGUACAUCGUUGCUUUACCAAGUGAACCCAUUGAAAAAAAGGUCGCGGAGCUCAACGAACUCGGCAAGGAAUUUGGAGGCUCUGCGCAUGGAAUCCCCUGCGAUGUUUCCGACAAGCAAGCUAUCCAAGAUCUCGCCACUCAGGUCGGCCAGCAAGAAAGGCAUGUUGACAUGCUCAUUUCUAACGCUGGCAUAAGACGAGACCCACCUGUCCAAUGUAAUGUCUUGGAGGCAUCUUUGUCCGAACUGCAGGCUUCCAUGUGGUCAUCACGACACUCGGACUGGGCCGACACAUUUUGCGUCAACACAACUGCCCACUACUUCCUUUCCGUGGCUUUUCUCCCAUUACUGGAAGCAGCCUCGCGGCUUGAACUACCCGGUGGCCGGGUCGGUCGAAGCGAGGGUCGCGGAGUGGUGGUUAUGACCAGCUCAUGCGCAAGUAUGCAUAAUGCGACAAACGUGGACCUGACGAGUUAUGCUACGAGCAAGGCCGCAACUGAUCACUUAGUCAAGCUAUUAGCAGCCAAGUUCAGCCGCUUUUAUGUACGAGUUGUGGGAAUUAACCCAGGCUUUGUUCCAAGCAACAUGAACCCCGUUGGGGAGGAAGGGAACCUCUUCAGCGCCCUUUUCGACAGAGUCCCUGCCAAGAGAGCAGGAAUCGAGGACGACAUUGCUGGUACUAUCUUGUACCUCGUCAGUCGCGCGGGAGCGUACGUGGAUGGAAUAUCGCUUUGUGUUGACGGAGGCCGUAUUCUGCUUGCCAAUGAUGUCUCGAUAUCUCGAUAUCUGGGAGGGUGGGCCCAUCUGACGGCAUUGUUCCAUCGGAUCGACCGACACACCCAAGAUAUCAUAAUGAUACACCACUCCACUCAGAGAUACUCGAGGCUAUUACUAAAACGGGAGCGAAAAUACAUUAAAAUAUUGCACCUCUUCUCCCUCCUCUGGGAAGCCAUCACCACAAUGUCUAUCGUAUCGAUCUCAGAUGGUGUGGGCUCCAAAAUAAAUGAAAAAUCCCUAAGGUCUUUCGCAGCCCAGCUUCAUAUUGAGACCCUGGAUGAUAAGGAUGCUGAGGAUUACCUUACUUUGUUGAGGUCGCUUGAAGCAGUCCUGAGAAGCAUCGACAAUGCGACCGACUAUAUUGCACCAGAUCUGCUUCCUCAAACAACGCUAGAACAUCGCAAUUUUUGGAAACCAGCACCUGAAAAUAACCCCUUCAACGGCUGGAGUCACCAAUGUGAUAUAAGAUCCGCGGUUCCAACACGCAACCUAUUGGGUGGACGUACCGUUGCCAUCAAGGAUAGCAUAUAUGUCGGAGGACUACCGACAACCCUUGGCGUUCCCCAGUCACUAUUCGCUCAGGGGAACGAAUACCCCAUCUCCCCUAUUGACGCUGUCGUGGUCUCGCGGAUUCUUGGAGCCGGGGGCAUCAUCAAGGGGACAUCAACCUGCGAAAGCUUUUGUGCGUCACCCUUGUCCUUCACUUCGGCGACAGGAACAGUCCAUAAUCCGCUCUUGUAUAAUCAUACGGCUGGUGGAAGCAGCAGCGGCUCUGCGGUUCUCGUUGCAGCUCAUCGCCUGGCAUCAAGAAGCGGCUCGUCAAUGGGCCAAACGGUGGAGUUGGCUAUUGGCACAGACCAGGCCGGGUCAGUGCGGAUCCCGGCCUCUUACAAUGGCCUGUACGGGUUGAAGCCCACCUUCGGUCUAGUUCCCUACACUGGUGCGGGGUCUAUGUCGCCCAUGAUCGACCACUUGGGCCCGCUGGCGGCCAAGCUUGAAGAUAUCGCCGUGCUGUUAGAGGUCAUGGCAGGGUACGAUGGCUACGACCCACGGAUGACCCCUGAAUCACCAUUAGUACAUCAGGUGAAGCCUUACGUAGAACUGCUGCUUCAGACGAGGCAAGAAAUUCACUCUACAUCAAGACCUGGUCACAAACUUAGAAUUGGCCUGUUGAAGGAAUCUUUCCACAUGCCCGGGGUUGCUGCCGACGUGCGCGAUAUUGUCUACCAGGCAGCAAAACGAUACUUCGAAGCUGUUGGAGCCUCUGUCAUCGAGGUAUCGAUUCCAAUGCACCAGCAAGGUCCAGCAAUCUGGACUGCAGCAACUAGACCAUCUAUGUCUAGUUACCUGUGCCAGGGCAACCCCUCUGGCCACCUUUCCUUCCUGUCACCGCAUGCGCAGAUCAAAUGGCCUCCAUCCCAGGAGACAUACGACACGCUGACAUGCACCAACCCAGCUGUAGUCAACAUCAUGCUGAGCGAGAAGUUCGCUCGGGAGUCUUCCAAGGCAGGGUUGGAGGCCAAGGCCCAUCGCAUGGUAUUUGCGCUCAGAGCUGCCUACGAUUCCGCUCUUGAGCAUGUUGAUAUCCUCGUCACGCCUUGUGCGCCCACAGUCGCAAUGCCUCACCCAGAUCCAAACGGUCCCGACGGGAGAAGGGCCUCGGUGCUGGAUAGACUUGGUGUUGCCGUUGGAUUGACCAGCAAUACUUGCCCCUUUAAUGUUACUGGCCAUCCCGGGUUGAAUGUCCCUUGUGGCUUCUCCACGGCCGAGGGCCAUCCAGAUGUCCCUCUGCCUGUAGGUAUGCAGAUUGUUACAAAGCGUUGGGCUGAUGAACGGCUUAUUGAGGCUGCAGCUUUGUUUGAACGGGGCCGAGAGAUAUUGGAGAGCAAGGUGGAUGGACUCAGUCCUAAAGGGGACUGUUGCGAUAGUAGUAGAUAA